AUGAAUCAUUUUGCAAGUAGUCAAAAUCGAGAUCAAAAUAAAUUUUCUCGCUCAUCACGCCAAUUCAACAACUCGUCAAUUAACACUGUUAAUAGACAGCAUACUGACGAUGAAAGCAACUCAUCCUCGGAAGAUGAAUACAUCAUCUACACGGUGAACACAAGCUCAGUAGUUGCGUCCAAGGACAAUUUGACUGCCAAAUUAAAGAUCAAUCGGACGAAUUUUCGAGCACUCAUCGACACCGUGGCGUCUAUCAACAUUAUAGACGAGCCGACAUUUCAACACUUAUGUAAACAAAAACCUAUUAAAAUACAUCGUUCAAAAGCACGAAUAUAUGCGUAUGCUGCACAAUCGCCGCUUCCUAUUCUGGGAGUAUUCGAAGAAAUAAUCGAAUCGAAGACAAAGAUGACAACCGCCAAAUCUCACGUCGCAAAAGGGGACAAUGGCAACUUACUUUGCUCAGAAACUGCAGCAGAACUCGGAUUAAUAACAUUGAACAUACACAAUGUAAACAAAGACAAACCGGAAGUAAACACAACUACAAAAGUAAACACAACUGUGAAAGUGCCAAACGAAUUCACACCUGAGGCAGAAGCCACUGAAUUCAUUCAAAGUCUGACAAAUGAGUACGUGGACUUAUUCAGAGGAAUUGGGUGCCUGAAAAACUUCGAACUUAAGCUACACAUAUACCCUAACGUCAAGCCAGUUGCGCAACCAGAAAGGCGUAUACCAUUUCACAUCCGGGAGAAAGUAACUCACGAACUGGACAAGUUAACAGAGCAAGGCAUCAUCGAGCCCUGUUCUGGCCCAACUCCCUGGGUCUCGCCCCUAGUUGUAGUACUAAAACCGAAGAACCCAGAAGAAACAAGAAUAUGUGUUGACAUGCGUAUGCCCAAUACAGCGAUAAUCCGUGAGCGCCAUCCCAUGCCUACUGCUGACGAACUUAUCCACAAGCUAAAUAGCGCAAAAGUCUUCUCAAAACUCGAUCUUCGCCACGGAUACCACCAAAUUCUCUUAGCUCCUGAGUCUCGUUACAUUACGACCUUUCGUACCCAUAAAGGACUGCACCGCUAUGUCCGACUUAACUAUGGCACAUCAGCAGCCUCAGAAGUUAUCCAGUAUGCUAUAAGCCAAGCCAUUGCUGUCAUUGACUGGGAUUCAUUGACGGAGUUGUCAACAUCAGUGACGAUAUACUCAUAUUCGGUAAAUCACAGCUUGAUCAUGACACAGCCCUAGCUUAAAGCUGUAUUUGAACGACUGCGACAAGUCGGCCUCACCCUCAACAAACCAAAAUGUGCUUAUAACAAGGGUACAUUGGAGUUCUUUGGCAUGAUUUUCUCUGCAGAUGGCGUCAGCCCGGACCCAAAGAAAAUAGCAGCUAUCGUCAAUGCUCCCCGUCCAACCAAUGUGAGUGGAGUUCGCAGCCUGCUGGUAUGACGAAUUACUGUUCAAAGUUUAUUGCAAACUAUGCAAGCAUUACAACGCCCCUUCGACAACUCACAAAGAAAAAUGCGAAGUUCCAGUGGCUACCAGUCCAUGAAAAUGCCAGGAAAACACUAAAAAAAGCUCUGACUUCAGCUCCAGUUAUGGCAUACUUUGAUACUACCAAAUGCACAGAACUCAUAGUCGAUGCCAGUCCAACUGGUUUGGGUGCUAUAUUACAGCAGCAUACCCCAUGA